AUGGCAAUUAUCAAAUUAAAACCCAAGGUGGCUUUUAUUACUGGAAUUACUGGCCAAGAUGGUUCCUACCUCUGUGAAAUUUUGCUGGAAAAGGGCUACGAAGUUCAUGGUCUUGUCCGACCAACGCCCCAGAGGCAGCAAGCUCUGAGCCACCCUCUGCGUCAUGGGGUGACCUUACAUUUCGGAGAUAUGUCAUGUUUCGAGACUCUCCUUCAAAUUCUAGGCAGCAUCAAACCGGACGAAAUAUACCAUCUCGCCGCCCAGUCUCACGUCGUGAUGAGGGCACUUAAACUGGAGAGCACAACCCGAUUCUACAACGCGAGUACCGCGGAGUUAUUCGGAUCCGAAACGACUGCGCCACAAACUGAGGAGACCCCAUUUCAUCCCGUUUCACCUUAUGCUGUAUCAAAACAGUUCCAGUUCUGGGCCACAGUCAAUUUCCGAGAAGCAUAUGGUUUCCACGCCUCUAAUGGUAUUCUCUUCAACCACGAAUCUCCAAGACGUGGAACUAAUUUUGUCACACGCAAAAUCACUUCGCAAGUUGCACUGAUUGCCUGCGGGUUAUCAGACUGCUUCGAGCUAGGCAAUCUUAAUGCUGUCAGAGACUGGGGCCAUGCUAAAGAUUACAUGCGUGGUGUCCACCUCAUGCUGCAACAGCCGACGGGCGGAGACUACGUUUUGGCUUCUGGCCAAGCGUAUAGCGUGAGGGAGUUUGUGGAAGCCGCUUUCCAAGUCAUUGGAGUUAAAAUUGACCGGCAAAGUGGAGCGGAUUUGGAGAAUGGUCCCACUGCGUGCGUGAUUAUGGAGAUGGUCAAAGACGGGGAGGGUGGCCAGGGAGAGGUCGUGCUAUGGAUAUGUGCAGGUGUAGGCGACAAUCACGCAGGGAAGAGGGGUUACUAUCUCCAAGAUGCGAAGUCCGUUUCCGCCGAUAUUAACUCGACGGACUUACGUCGAGCCUUGGUUAAAAGUCACUCCCUUGACGAAACAAAACUCAACCAGUUAAGCACCGGAGAUCUUCUCGAGCUUUUGGCGCCAAUCCUGCGGAAAACUUGA